UCAAGGGAGGAAAGCCUGUAUAUAAUCUACAUGGUUCGGCAGUGAGCAGCUGGAGAAGCUCGUGUAGAGAGACUUUACUUUGCUGAAAAGGAACAAAGCAAAGGAGUUGCCAAAAUGUGCAAAGGGCUCGCUGCAUUACCAGCAACAUGCCUCGAAAGGGCAAAGGGAAUAAGAACCAAAUUGGGCAUUCUGUGGCAGAAGCCGGAGUUGAUCACUGACUACAUCAUCCCGUACUCUGACAAAACUGAGAAACUGACCAAGCCCCAGAGGCCUUCUCAAAUAGAAGCAUUACAGUGGCGUGAAUCUCUGGAGAAGCUUCUGAUGAACAACUAUGGCCAGGCUGCCUUCAAAGCUUUCCUCCAAUCAGAGCACAGUGAGGAGAACAUUGAGUUCUGGAUGGCCUGUGAGGACUACAAAGCAACCACAUCACCUAUUAAGCUGGCCUCCAAGGCAAAGAAGAUCUAUGAAGAUUUCAUGCAGAAAGAAGCUCCAAAGGAGAUCAAUGUUGACCACUACACCAAAGAGAUCACGGUGAAGAGCCUUGUUGAACCCUCAACAUCAACCUUUGAACUGGCGCAGAAGCGAGUGCUCACUUUGAUGGAGAAGGAUUCGUUCAGCAGGUUUCUGAAAUCUGAACUCUAUCUGGAGCUGAUAAAGUAACAAUGUAGAUGGGCUGUGCAAAGGCUGGAUAGAGUGAGACCAUCGGUCUCCCCACACAGUCACUAACUGAAUAUUCUCUCACUGCUGUUAGCUAAAAUAAUUAUUUCAAGUGUUUUCUCUUUAAAGCUUUGGGCACUAUGCUGACCUAUCAUUUAUCUAACACUUGUCUUUGCAUAGCCCUGAAAUAAACAGGCACCAUCUAUGGCAAAGUGUACCUUUAAUGUUGUACUGGUCUUUUAUGUGUGUUUUUUCCUUAUUUUUCUGAAGAGAUUAUAUCCAGUGAUAAAUAACCAUGUGGCUUCAAACAAAUUAUUGGGCAAAUCAAAUCAUUCUUUUAGGAUUCUUAUCACCAAGAAUCUGGAAAAACCUUUUGAAAAAAAUGAAAGUAAAAAAAAUACUAAUUCUAUUGAGCAAGCACCUUUCAUCCUUCCUAUAUUGAGAAAACAACAGCAGUUGUUAUAACAAAUACUGUGGAAGGUAUGUUAUUGGAGUUUACAAAAGAUUCUUAUAUUAACUAGUGAAGCUUACUAUAAAUAUAUCACACUAUACUACAGUAUAAGCAUAUGCUCUUAAACUGUAAUAAAUAUUCUGAUAGUUUGCUUCAACCUACAGAGGCACUGAAAAUGUGCAGAGUAGGAAUGCAACUAUCAGCAGAUGCAGCCCUCAUACUUGUAUAGCUUUACGGAGACACAAGCCUUUGUAAACCAUUACUCUGGCAGUUUAUGUUGACCACCAGAUCAUCACCUUCACUAAGGUGAGGCGUGGCUAUUCCAUCUCAAUUGUAGACUGCAUUGUACACUCUGAUGAAGCCUGUACGCAAGUUUAUACAUUCAUUCAUCCGGUCACACAAAAGUGUUUAGUUAUUACAAAUAUAUCUCCCUAUUUCAUCUGAAAAGUAAAUCCCAAUAAAUAGCACAUUCUUCAGUCAGGAUGUGCAGAUUAUAUUUCUAAAAUUCCUCCAUAAUCUACAAUACUUCAGUGGCAAAAGAGCAAUGUAUCACAGAUACUUCACUGGCAGAGGCAGGCUGGGUUUGCAGGCUUACCAAAUUGGAUUUUUAACCAUAUCAUUUCAAUUAGAUUUUGUUGAAGGAAAAAUGAAAGAGAAGGAGAUUGAAACUUAAAAUGGACAAUACACCUAAAUGUUGACCAUUAUAAUCAAUUAACUCAACUUAAACACAAGUCUCUAGUAAACAUUUUGCACUCAAAAAAAGUAACUAAAUAAACCAAAAAAUGUCAGGAUUCAUGGUUACUCCACUGCUGUAUAGCCAUAUAUAAUCUAUACUAACACAUAUCUACAUACAAUCUAUACUAACAUGUCCAAAUAAACCUGUGCCAACAGGUCCACAUACAUUUUAUGCCAGAUGUGUAUUUUGGUUAAAAAAAGUUCCUAAUUAUCAUUUAAAUUCAUACAAGGAAAUUAUUUUUGUCACUUAUGGAUAUCAGCAGACAUUGAACAUGAAAUAGAAUAGUCUCAACAGUAUCACUGAAAGAUUUACAGCAAUUAUUCUGAUCUGGCACAUUUACGCCUGGGAAUAUUGUAUUUCUCCUUCUAUGAUGGGCUAUCUGAUAGCGAUGCUAAGAUUAAACCAACUCUGUCACGGAAUGGCUGGAAAGUGUUGGAUGAUUUGAAGGAAAACAAGAGAGGAUGGAGGUGAAACGGUUGUAGAAAGUGGCCCUUGCCUACUUCACGUGUUCUGUAUUGUGGCUGGAAUAAGCGAAGCACUUUAAGAAAGGAAAUGCCUGAAAGAAGUCAAAUAAUCAGAUAUUAAUGUCGUUCGACCCUUACAAUUCCCUUUCAUCUCAUACUCAGUAACAACUUAACAUGGCAGCACAUAUCGUGAACUGUCUGAUGGAAUGAUUUCAUUUUGUACAUCAAUCAUCUGACUAAAUAGAUUGAAUUGAAGAGGGACUGUACUGCCAUGUUAAGGAGUAACACAGUCAGAUUGAUCUUAACACAGAACUGCAUAAUUUUCAAACAAUGAUUUACAUUGUUUUACUGGACCUUAACAAAGGCUGUAUUAAUGAGGUUCUAUACUGCCCGGAUAAUGAAAACAUACGGUAUAAUGUUGCAUUAAAAAUAAUCUAUGAACGCAAACACACAAAACAUAAAGGAAAAUCCUACAAAAGUUGUUUACUCAAGCAAUGAAUGGAAUGAUUUGUCUGCUUUGUGUUCCUUGCCCACCUGGUAAACUAUGUCUACAAUAUUAACCAAAACAUUUAAAGUAAAUGCGUAAGUGUUGAUUCCUGUAUCGUUACUAAAUAUACUCCAUGUAAUGCAUGUGUGUUAGUAUUCCAGUGUGCAUAGUCUUAUCUUGAAAGACACUUUACUAUUAAGAGUUUCAGUAAAUGCUUCAUUAAUUCUGUUGUUAUGGUGAGAGAUCAGUGAGAAACCUAGGGGGGGCCAAAGCCCAUAGUGCAGGACACUACCAAGGUUGAACAGAGCAAGUCCAAUGAAGAAGCAAUGGCUGGAUGAUGCCAAGUUAGAACUUUGCCACUAGUACAAAAUACUGUAAUUUCUACCUAAGAACAAUUCAUUUCUGCACAAAAUGGGAGUGUUUUUGCUAUUAAAACACACACACAUGCCUGGUCAACAGUUCAUGACAAGCUCUACCUAAUGUUACAUUACCACCCGGCUUUACUGCCUCCACUUUUUUUGCCAGUGGUAAAGUAAGAAACUAUUGACUAGAUAUGGAUGCCACCUUGUCGAAAUUUGCUUUGACCAAUCAUAGCUUCAAUUGAACAGUUGCUUGACACUCAAUGGUGAGAAUCUAUUUACUCUGGACUGCAUCUGAAAGAAUUGAACCACACCACUUUGAAGGCAGAAACUAAUGCCAUCCAAAAUGAGUGUUUUAUGUUUUAAUCAUUUCUGAAGCCAAAAUCAUAAAACAAUUACAUUGGGAGACAUGGUAUUGAACCGUAAAAUUAAAGUUCCAUUUUCAAUUCAAUAUCUAAAUGAAGCAAAUACUGAAAUUCUAGGUACUAUGCAUUAUUAAAAGUGAACUUUUUUAUUAUUAUUCUGCUUUGUAUGCAACAUAUAUUCUUUCCAACGGUUUGAACUCCUCAUGAUCUGACAGCCUCUAUCAAUUAUAUAAUGCCAUGAAUAGUUUGUUGAAGGGGAGCAGGUUAGAGUACUAUCCUGAUGCCAAACUGAUGUGUUGUUAUACUCUCCAUUUCACACCCUGUUUUCAUCCAAAAAAAUGGAAGAAUAUUUAAUAUGGGCAACUCACUGAGCAAGAAAUCAGCUACGUCUUCAUUUAUAGAGACCUAUUCAUAAAACAAUGGGAAACCCAGCCUCCUAUCACAAACCUGAUGUUCAAGGCAUUAUAUCAUCAUAGCAAUGAAUUUAAAUGUAUUCAUUAAAUGGUGAUUAUAUACCCAUGGACUAUAGUAAUAAAAAUAAUGCUUCACUUUUAUCUUAAUACAACUCAGAAGCAAGUAUUUAACCACAGCUUAUCAACACCUUCAUGUUAAUUUUAUGAAGUGUUCAUUUGGGAGUUCAGUUCUAUGACUGAAACAUUUGAAUUAAUAUGGGUGUUAAGUAUCCCUCCCUUGUCAUCUGAGCAUUAAUGUACUGUUAAAGCUGAUAAACGGCUGCAGUAUCCUUUUCGUGCAUACUGUCAUAUUUUGAAAGAGUUAGGAACCUAAUGAAGUAAACAUGUAUCUCUAUA